CACUCUCAAUCCGAAUUAGUCGGCCCUACACUUUCAGAGAACCACACUAUAUAUUGUAGUAGUCCAAGCAUUUUGAUUCCAGACAGGCUCGCAAGCUCCACCGACCAUGACCGAGGUUGCCUGAUGCAAUGGGAUGACAUCAAGAGACGGAUUGAGAUGAUGACGCGGGCCGAAUCGAGGCCUAUCGGGAGCAGACAGGGAGACAAGAAUCGAGGGCAACAGCAAGCACUAGCAAAUCUAUAUAAACAGGCAUGUGGUCUCUGAGGUUGAUGGUAGACCAAACUCCAGCUACUGAUGUUAUCUGAUAUAUUCACCAUGGUCGUCAACAUCACUGCCGAAGAUCCCCAGCCCACCAUCCACAGCCACAUCAACGGCACCACCAAUGAGAUCCUCGAUCGGCUCUGCGUGACCGAGCUUCUCAAAGGCUGGCCGGUAUACCGAGACGCCUCGGAAUGGGCCCAUUACCGGAACUGCUUUGCCGAGCAGGCGUACAUCUUCACCACCUGGAGUGGAGGCAUGCCCAUCGAUGAAUUCAUCGAAGUCUCCAAGAAGGGCCGGCGCAACGGGGACCACAUCAUGCACCGCGAAAACGGCACGCUGGUCGAGUUGAACCCGGACACCGGCCGCGCCGUGGGCAAGAUGAAGGCCACCAUCACCCAGCGCUUCGACUUCAACGGGGUGGAUUGCGACGUCGAAUGCGACUGUCGCUUUAUCAUGUGGUGCCAGAAGGACCCUGCGGGCUGGAAGGUGCACUACAAGCGUCUGUUCUACGAGAAGGACAAGAUCCUGCCCGUCGACGGCAAAAACGUCCCCGAUUUUUCGGCGGAGGAGUUGAAGCCGUACCCCUAUGGGUAUCGGUAUCUGGGCGCGGCGCAGGCCCGUCUGGGCCAUAAAAUCAAGCUGGAUUUGCCGACGAUGGAGGAUAAUGAUAAGUUUCGGGGAAUGUACGAGGCUAUGGAGAAGUGGUUGCGCGGGGAGGAUAUCAAGGAGACGUUGGGGAUUCCGCUGUGAUUGCUGGGGUUGCUGUGG